GUCCGGUUUCACAUUUUUAGUUUAUUGCCAACAAUAAGUCACCAGUCUGUGCUUUUAACAGGGCCGUUGACGAAACUGGUCAGUUUCUCUUUUGCAAAAAAUGAGAAUUCUGUUCAUUUCAUGCCUGCUGUGGACUAUUCUUUUCACACGUCAAGUCAAAGGCGAGUCGAAAUGUCUCCGCACUAAUCGACAGCCCGAUCGGAUGUGUGUUACUAAGUGUGAUCCUUUAACUGGCUGCAGGGCUGAAGAAAAAUGUCUUUGCGAUGGCGACUGUGGGUAUAGUUGUGUAAAGAGAGAUUUAUCCUGCGGAAGGCCACCACGGGUGUCCAACGCUCGACCUCAGUACCCAGCCACUAAUUUCAGUUCCGUUGUUACUUACGUUUGUAACGAGGGUCACACAUUGUCCGGAGCAGCCAAGAGAACUUGCCGGGCAAAUGGCAGGUGGGACGGCGUGGGACCUAACUGCUUAAAAAUGUGUUCUUUACCAACAAUUCCAUUUUUUACGUACAUUGCAAAGCCUGUAAAUUACACCCGGAAAUACAGGACUGGUGAGAGAAUAACUUUGGCCUGCAAAAAAGGGUUUAAAAAGAAACCGGGCGGUAAUCCUGUAAGAAUCUGCAUCAGCGGGUUGUGGACUCGAUUUCCGUUUCAGUGCGAAGGUACCCACGCGUGUAAAAGAACCAUCCGAGCCCCCAGAACUAAAUGCACACUAGAGUGUAGUCCUCAAAGUGGGUGUGGUUCAGAUAAGUACAAGUGCCUUUGUGAUGGAAGUUGUGGGUUCAGUUGCGUGGAAAUAGGAAUGUCUUGUGGAAAUCCACCGUCAAUCAGCAAUGGCAACGUCGUUUAUAAUGACACAAGUUACAACUCAACCGCUCAUUACACCUGCAAUGGAGGAUACAGUUUGAAUACAGCUCCAGUCAAGAGAUGCACCGCUAAGAAACGCUGGGAAGGCCUCACUCCUAGAUGCUUGCAAGACUGCAAACCCCCAACUAUUCCUAUAAACGCGAGGAUUUCAAAUCCGAGCAAUAAAUACCAUUCUGGUUAUAAAGUCACAUUCAAAUGUAAUGAAGGUUACAACCAAGAAGGGAUGGCGACUCAAAUGUGUUUCCGUGGUUCGUGGACCGUGUUGCCUUUCAAAUGUACAGAGGGAGGAUGUGGAGACCCAGGCACACCUGAGAAUGGUCGGAAGCUGGGAGUCACAUAUUCUGUUAAUAGCAAGGUCUACUUUGAUUGUGACUUGGGCUAUGAACUAGAGGGGUCAGCAGACCGCAAGUGUCAACUAAAUGGAACUUGGACAGGAAUUCAACCAGUUUGUAAAGUUGUAAAUUGUGGCUUUCCGCCUCGACCAAAGAAUGGAACAUUUAUUGGUAACGAAACAACUUUCAGAAGUGAGCUCGAAUUCAGAUGUGACGAAGGUUUUGAAUUGCAAGGCAGUGCCAAAAGAAUGUGCACCACGGACAAAAGCUGGACCGGGAAAGAAGUGACAUGUAAUGCUGUUGACUGUGGGAGCCUCGAUCCUCCCAAGAACGGCUCUUUAAUCGUAAAAGAAACUACUUACCCAAACCAUGCGGAGAUCAGGUGCGAUGAAGGAUUCACCCUGCUCGGACCACGAAGACGAACAUGUCAAGCGAACGGAACGUGGAGUGGAAAUAUAACGGAAUGUAAAGCGGUUGACUGUGGUGCUUUAUCCGUCCCUACGAAUGGUUCUUCCAUUGGCACCGAAACGAAAUUUCCUAACAAGAUAAGAUUCCGUUGCGACACUGGAUUCGAUCUGGUUGGGUCCUCUGUAAGGAUGUGCAUGGCUGACAAGAGCUGGAAUGGCGUAAAGACAGUUUGUAAAGCCGUGGACUGUGGGAAGCUUCCUCAUCCCACGAACGGCUCAGUGAUAGGGAAAGAGACAACCUUCCCGAACGAAGUGGAAAUCAGCUGUGACAAAGGUUUUAUUUUACGUGGAUCACACCGUAGGAAAUGUAAAGCAGACAGAAAUUGGAGCGGAGACACUACAGUCUGUGAAGCCAUCAACUGCGGCAAGCCAACACUGCCAGACCAUGGGUCCGUCUCAGGAGUAUCUACUAGAUACCCUCACUCAAUAACGUUUACUUGCAUUAUCGGAUACGAAAUCUAUGGGUCUGUUGUGAGAAGAUGCCAAGCUAAUGGGACAUGGAGUGGAAGUAAAACUACCUGUAAACCGGUUGACUGUGGGCUCCUUCAGAGACCGAACAAUGGUACUAAGGUCGGCAAUAAAACAACUUUCUUAAAUGAAGUCAGUUUCUUUUGCAACAAGGGAUUUUAUAUGUUGGGAUCCUCAAAGAGAACUUGUCAGGCUGAUAAGCAAUGGAGUGGAGUCAAGACUUUCUGUAGAGCGGUUGACUGUGGUUCCUUAAUUGUUCCAAAAAAUGGCAGCAAGCUUGGACAGGAAACAACAUAUCCUAAUUUUAUCAAAUUUAGCUGUGAUGAAGGGUUCAUCUUGUUGGGAUCGACAGUAAGGACCUGUUUGGCAAAUGGAUCUUGGAGUGGUAUGCAAACACUUUGCCAAGCUAAAGACUGUGGGCCCAUUCAAGCACCAAGGAAUGGAACUAAACAUGGAAGUCAGACCACUUAUCUGAACAAAAUUUUGUUCACUUGCGACAAUGGGUUUAAUUUGAUUGGCUCAAAUGAGAGACAGUGUACAUCAGAUGGAGUUUGGAGUGGUGCUGAAACUUUGUGUGAAGCCAAAGACUGUGGACCAAUACGCACACCCAUAAAUGGCACCAAACAUGGUACAAAAACCACUUACCCAAGCAGGGUCACAGUUACCUGUAACAGUGGCUUUCAUCUAAGAGGUUCAUCUGAACGGGAAUGCAUGUCAGAUGGUGUGUGGAGUGGAGUUGAAGCAUAUUGUGAAGCUAAAGACUGUGGCUCGCUUGAGAUUCCCACAAAUGGAUCCUUAGUUGGACUGACCCUGACAACUUUUCCAAACUCCUUGACCUUUGCUUGUGAUGAUGGGUUUGAACUGAAAGGAUCUGUAGUAAGAUAUUGUCAAGCAAAUGCAUUGUGGAGUGGUAAUAAAACCUUUUGUCAAGCUAAAGAUUGUGGACCAAUUGAAUCACCAACCAAUGGAUCCCUUUUUUUUGGAGACAGAACAACUUAUCCUCACAUAGUGCUGUUCAGUUGUGACAAGGGGUUUCUGCUGAAAGGAUCAAACCUCAGACGUUGCACCUCAGAGGGUGUUUGGAGUGGAAUGCCGGCCUCGUGUGAAGCCAGGGACUGUGGUCCACUUCCUUUCCUAUUGAAUGGAACUGCCAUUGGGCAAAGGACGGUUUAUCCUAAUGAAAUAAUAUUUAACUGUGAUGCUGGAUUCAACUUGGUUGGCUCAAGGAUAAGGAGAUGUCAGUCCACUGGAAUUUGGAGUGGAAAGCAAACUUCCUGCCAAGCGCUGGACUGUGGUCACAUCAAAACGCCACAGAAUGGAAGUAAAUUCGGAGAGGAAACAACGUAUCCUCAUUCCAUAAGAUUUUCUUGUGACGAAGGCUUCAUACUUUUGGGAUCUUCUGUAAGAUACUGUCUUUCCACUGGAAUAUGGAGUGGUCAGCAGGCUUUGUGUCAAGCCAAAGACUGCGGUCCACUUGCAUUGCCGUUAAAUGGAUCUUCCUUUGGAAGCGACACUACCUUCCCAAAUGUCAUAUCAUUCUACUGCGAUGUCGGCUUCAUAAUGAUUGGGACACAAACAAGAAAAUGUCAGGCAAACGGCAAAUGGAGUGGUAACGAAACAACUUGUAGAGCUGUUGAAUGCGGUUCCCUAGCGAUGCCAACGAAUGGUUCUACGUAUGGCGAACUUACUACUUAUCCCAAUAAGGUGUACUUCAAUUGCGUUGAGGGAUUUGUCCUCCAAGGAUCUUCUAUAAGAGUUUGCAUGGCAAAUGGAUCUUGGAGUGGAACUGAGACUCUCUGUGAAGCUAUUAACUGCGGUGAAUUAGCUGUUCCGCAAAAUGGAACGUUGCAGGGAUCUGCCACUACCUUCCCGAAUGGAGUUGAUUUUUCUUGCGACGAGGGCUUUGUGCUCGAAGGAUCUGAUUUCAGAAGGUGCCAAGCCAAUGGAACAUGGAGUGGAGGGAUCACGUAUUGCAGAGCUAAAGAUUGUGGAAAAUUACCUUUUCCAAUGAAUGGUUCAGUUUUUGGAAGUCAAACUACUUUUCCAAACAAGCUACAAUUCUCAUGUGACAACGGCUUUGACCUGAUUGGGUCCACUGUCAGGAGGUGUGAGGCAGACGGGAUGUGGAGUGGACAACAAACAGCUUGUCAAGCUGUUGAUUGUGGACCAUUGCCUUUACUUCUAAAUGGCACCUAUCUAGGAAAUUUGACCACGUAUCCAAAUGAGGUGUUAUCAUUCUGCGAUGAGGGGUUUUUGUUAAGAGGUUCAGCACGAAGAUUCUGCCAGGCGAACAGAACUUGGAGCGGCAUCCAAACAACAUGUGCAGCGGUUGAUUGUGGACCUCUACCUGUUCUUAUCAAUGGUUCUUCUUACGGAUCGCUGACCUAUUUUCCGAAUUCGAUACAAUUUUCUUGUGAUUCUGGAUUUCUUUUGAGAGGCUCAUCAGGGAGAAGUUGUUUACCUACUGGUUUGUGGAGCGGAAGCAAUACCACCUGUGAAGCAAUUGAUUGCGGAACACUUGCUGUGCCUAUGAAUGGGAGUUUUAAGGGAACCAGGACUUAUUUUCCGAACGUAUUACAGUUUUCUUGCGAUGAAGGCUUUAUCCUGGGCGGGGCUACAGAAAGGCAAUGUUUAGCCGACGGUUCAUGGAGCGGAAAUGACACAUCAUGCAAAGCGGUUGACUGUGGCCCUUUGCCUGUUCCAAGAAAUGGAUCCUCUCAUGGCGACAUGACUGUUUACCCCAAUAGUGUCUGGUUUUCCUGUGACGCUGGAUUCUUUCUGAAGGGAUCGUCGAGAAGAAUGUGCCAGGCAAAUGGAACUUGGAGUGGCUCUUUGGCAAACUGCAAUCCUGUUGAAUGCGGACAAGUCACAGCCCCUGCAAAUGGCUCUGUACGUGGAAAUUACACAACAUUCCCAAACAAACUGCAUUUUUACUGCGACGAUGGAUUUAUACUGAGCGGAUCGUUUAUGAGACGUUGUACUGAAACUGGGACAUGGAGUGGUGAACAAACAGUGUGCAUUGCGAAGGACUGUGGCCUCCUUAGGACUCCUCAGAAUGGUUCCAUGUUGGGAACUGAGACCACCUUUCCCAAUGUGGUAACAUUUACUUGUGAUGAAGGGUUUUUGAUGGAUGGUCCGAACAGAAGGAGAUGCCAAAACGACGGAACUUGGAGUGGAAACGAAACAAUAUGCGCAGCCAUUGAUUGUGGGAAGUUAAAGAGUCCUAAAAAUGGAUCAUUGCAUGGUGAACGUACAGUGUUUCCUGAAAGCUUACGAUUUAGUUGUGAUAUUGGUUUCGUAAUGGGCGGAUCACCUGUUCGACAAUGCCAACCAAACGGAACAUGGAAUGGGACUGAAACCACUUGCAGUGCGAUUGAUUGCGGUAGACCUCCAACUCCACUAAAUGGUUCAGUGUAUGGAGAUAAAACCACGUAUCCUAACAUUUGGCACUUUUCAUGUGACGAGGGGUUCACUCAGCAUGGUUCUACAGAAAGGAAAUGUCAGCCAAAUGGAACUUGGAGUGGGAAGAGUACUUUUUGCCAAGCAAAUGACUGUGGAAACCUAUCAGUUCCGCAAAACGGAUCCCUGUUUGGGAGUGAGACAACUUUUCCAAACGUCAUUACCUUCAGCUGUGACGAGGGUUUCAUAUUGAAAGGAUCGAAAGUCAGAAAGUGUCAAGCCAAUAAGACAUGGACUGGAAACACUACUUAUUGCGAUGCUGUCGAUUGUGGCUCACUUGACUCUCCAAUGAAUGGCUCUUUUUUCGGUAACCUCACGGUUUUUCCAAACAGCGUUCGGUUUGAUUGUGAUGCGGGGUUUAUUCUUAGUGGUUCCUCUGUGAGAACGUGUCAGUCGAAUGGUAUCUGGAGCGGAUAUGAAACAAAGUGUAGUGCUAUUGAUUGUGGGCCAUUACCUGUUCCACAAAAUGGAAGUUUAUUGGGCAAAAUGACCGUAUACCCCAGCAUUCUGCAAUUUUUCUGUGACGAAGGAUUUACACUGCACGGAUCUAGUUACAGAAAGUGUCAAACAAAUGGAGCAUGGAGUGGAAACAGCUCUUUUUGCAAAGAGAACGAUUGUGGUCCAUUGUCAGUACCUAUGAACGGCACCUCAUUCGGAAAUCUAACAACGUUUCCAAACGAGAUCAGGUUUACAUGUGAUGAAGGUUUCAUUUUACAUGGAUCUGUUUUGAGACAAUGCCAAGCUAACAAGUUGUGGAGUGGAAAUGACACAUUUUGUGAAGCUGUUGAUUGCGGUCACUUAGACAGUCCAAAAAAUGGCUCGUUGUCCGGUGACUCGACAGUGUUCCCAAAUAGUCUACAAUUUCAGUGUGACUUGGGGUUCAUUCUUAAAGGAUCCAGAAUUAGAAAGUGCCAAGCGAAUGGCACAUGGCAUGGAUUUAAGACCUCUUGCCAUGCUAUUGAUUGCGGACAGCUACAAGCACCUCACAAUGGAAGCAUGAUCGGUAAAAAUACGACCUAUCCCAACAUGCUGCUGUUUACUUGUGAUGUUGGGUUUACACUAGUCGGAGCCGUUGUUAGGAAGUGUCAAGCAAAUGGAACAUGGAGUGGAACCGACGCACUAUGCCAAGCAAAUGACUGCGGACCUUUGUCCGUUCCCUUGAAUGGCAGCCUUACUGGUAAACUGACUACUUAUCCCAACAAGGUCAGCUUUGGUUGCGAUAAAGGUUUUGUUCUGAGAGGGUCUGCAGUGCGACAGUGUCAACCUAGUAAACAGUGGAGUGGAAAUGACACAUUUUGUGAAGCAAAAGAUUGUGGAGUGCUUGCUAUACCCAUGAAUGGAUCGCUGGAAGGAUCACUCACAACCUUUCCGAACAAAAUUAGUUUCGGCUGUGAUGAGGGCUUCAUCCUGAGAGGCUCAAAAGUUCGGAGGUGUCUAUCAAACGGGAAAUGGAGUGGAAACAAAACAUAUUGCGAAGCUAAAGAUUGUGGUGAGCUAGUGACUCCAACCAACGGGUCUUCAUUUGGUAACCUAACAACAUAUCCGCACGAAAAGAUAUUCAGUUGCGACGAAGGUUUUAUUCUGCGAGGGUCGAGGACAAGGCAAUGCUUGCCAAGUGGAAACUGGAGUGGGAACACUACUAUCUGUGUCGCCAAAGAUUGCGGUCCUUUACCUGUUCCAUUAAAUGGCUCCCUAUUUGGAGAAAAGACAACAUACCCAAACCAAAUAACUUUCAGUUGUGACGACGGCUUUGUUCAGAGAGGUUCAGUUGUUAGAAGGUGUCGGUCAAAUGGAACAUGGAGCGGUGAUACCACGUUUUGCAAAGCCAAGGAUUGUGGUCCUCUUCUGGCUCCAGUAAAUGGCUCCUCUAGCGGAAAACUUUUUACGUUUCCCAACAUAGUAUCAUUUCGUUGCGAUGAAGGAUUCAUUUUAAAAGGAUCUGAAGUAAGGAAAUGUCAGGCCAACGGUGUGUGGACUGGAAACGACACCAUUUGUGAGGCUGUAGACUGUGGUGUUCUUUCAUCUCCUUUAAAUGGAUCCUCUUCUGGAAAUCGGACGGUGUACCCUAAUAGUGUGCGAUUGUGGUGUGAUUCUGGAUUCGUUUUGCAUGGUUCCUGGCUAAGAACUUGCCAAUCUAAUGGAAAAUGGGAUGGAAACGAAACCAUUUGUGAAGCUAUCGAUUGUGGAGAGCUUAUGACCCCACAGAAUGGCACUAUGUUUGGGAAAGUGACAACGUACCCAAAUAUCUUAAAGUUUAAUUGUGACGAAGGCUUUAUUUUGACCGGAUCGUCUGUGAGGAAAUGUGGAUCUAAUGGUACUUGGAGUGGCAAUGAAACUAAGUGUCAAGCGAAAGAUUGUGGUCCCCUAGCCGUUCCAGUGAACGGCUCGUCUAUUGGCGAUCUGACAGUAUUUCCACACAAAGUCGUCUUCAAUUGCGAUGAAGGAUUUCUCCUCAGCGGCUCUCAUAUCAGGGUUUGUCAAGCUAACGGAACUUGGAGUGGGAAUCAGACAUUCUGUCAAGCUGUUGACUGUGGUCCUUUGUCUGUUCCUGCGAAUGGCUCCUCUCUUGGUGCAGCAACAGUUUUCCCAAAUAGUCAGCAUUUUAUCUGUGAUCCUGGAUUCAUCCUAAACGGAUCUGCUUUAAGGACGUGUCAGCCUAAUGGAACAUGGAGUGGCUUUACAACCACAUGUAGUGCUGUUGACUGUGGUCGGCCUCAACCUUUGCGAAAUGGGAGCGUCAUUGGAGAAAACACAGUGUAUCCAAAUUUUGUCAUUCACAAUUGCGACGAAGGUUUUAUCCUUCGAGGCCCCGCUAAGAUAAAAUGCCAAACUAAUGGAACCUGGAGUCAAACUGAUAGCUUUUGUGAAGCUAAGGAUUGCGGCAAUCUUUCAAAGCCCUUAAAUGGUUCCAUGACGGGUCUUGAAACAACGUUUCCCAACAAAGUUUCUUUUAAUUGCGAUGAAGGAUUUAUUUUAAGUGGUUCAAGUGUGAGGUACUGCCAAUCAAAUGGGUCCUGGAGUGGCACAGAGACCACGUGCACAGCUGUCGACUGUGGUUCUUUACAUGCACCCAUGAAUGGCUCAUCUCAUGGUGUGGCUACAGUGUUCCCCAACGGUAUACAAUUUAGUUGUGAACCUGGCUUUAUUUUAAGUGGUUCAGCGGAGAGAACUUGUCAGCCCAAUGGAACUUGGAGUGGAGUCACAACAGUAUGCACUGCGAUAGAUUGUGGCCCUCUCGCUGUCCCAACAAAUGGCUCCAGUAUUGGUUUUCUUACAACUUUUCCAAACAAGAUCGACUUCAGUUGUGACGAAGGUUUUUUCUUGAGAGGCUCUCAAACCAGGCAUUGUGAGGAAAAUGGAACAUGGAGUGGAAAUCAGACCUUUUGUCAAGCUGUUGAUUGUGGUUCCUUAUCUGUUCCUGUGAACGGCUCCUCUUCUGGUGACUCCACGUUAUUUCCGAAUAGUGUGCUUUUUAACUGUGAUACGGGCUUCAUUCUCAGUGGAUCUACUGUAAGGACAUGCCAGCCUAAUGCGACAUGGAGUGGUUCUCCAACUACUUGCAGUGCCAUUGACUGCGGUUCGUUAUCUGUUCCCAUGAAUGGAUCUUCCUCUGGUAACUCAACGGUGUUCCCCAAUAGCGUACACUUUCAAUGUGAUCCUGGUUUUCUUCUCAGUGGAUCUGCCAUAAGAACUUGUCAGGCAAAUGGGACGUGGGGUGGACUUGAAAGUCUUUGCAUUGCUGUUGAUUGUGGCAAUCCUCAGCCUUUGCAGAAUGGAAGUAUUGUUGGCAAUAAGACAGUCUAUCCAAAUAGUGUCACCCACAGAUGUGAUGAAGGAUUCAUUCUGCAUGGCUCCUCAAGGAUUACUUGUCAGACAAAUGGAACAUGGAGCAAAACUUCAAGCUAUUGCGAAGCCAGAAACUGCGGUGUUCUGGAUAUUCCUGUGAAUGGUUCAACAACUGGAAGCAAAACAACCUAUCCUAGUAAACUUUAUUUUAGCUGCGAUGACGGAUUCAUCUUAAGAGGAUCCACAAUAAGACAGUGUCUAGCAGAUGGGAAUUGGAGUGGUAAUGACACCUCUUGUGAAGCUGUUGACUGUGGUCCUCUAUUGGUUCCCGUGAAUGGCUCUUCUUCUGGUAACUUCACAGUUUUUCCCAAUAGUGUGAUAUUCAAAUGUGAUCCUGGAUUCAAUCUAUAUGGAUCCCCUAUGAGGAUGUGUCAGGCUAAUGGAACUUGGAGUGGAAAAGCGGUUUCAUGUGCUGCGAAAGAUUGUGGUCCGCUUGCAGCUCCGACGAACGGUUCUUCAACAGGCGAACUGACAUUCUUUCCAAAUGAGAUCGUCUUUGAUUGUGACAAAGGUUUUCUUCUCAAGGGCUCUUCCAUCAGGCAUUGUCAAACAAAUGGGAACUGGAGUGGAAAUCAGACCUUUUGCAAAGCUGUUGACUGUGGUCUUUUAUCAAAUCCCAUGAACGGCUCCUCUUCUGGGGACUCUACAGUGUUCCCCAAUAGUGUGCAAUUUGACUGCGAUUCAGGGUUCAUUCUCAGUGGACCCCACGAAAGGAAAUGCCUGGCGAAUGGAUCCUGGAGUGGUUUCCCGACCGUAUGCAGUGCCGUUGACUGUGGUCCUCUAUCCGCUCCGAAGAAUGGUUCCUCAACUGGUAACUUAACAGUGUUUCCCAAUAGUGUAGCAUUUAAUUGCGAUCCUGGAUUCCUUCUUAAUGGUUCUGCCACGAGGAAGUGCCAGGCAAAUGGAACGUGGAGUGGAUUACAAGCCGUAUGUAAUGCUAUUGACUGUGGUAUGCCCCAGCCCUUACAGAAUGGCACCUUCAUCGGAGAAUUUACUGUGUAUCCCAAUUUUGUGACUCACGUUUGCGAUGAAGGAUUCGUUCUUCGCGGUCCUCCAAAAAUAAAGUGUCAGACGAAUGGAACCUGGAGCAAAAGUUCCACCUUUUGUGAAGCCAAGGAUUGUGGGGCGCCUGUUGUUCCUGUGAAUGGCUCUGCAACUGGACAAAAAACUACUUUUCCAAAUGAAGUUACUUUUAGCUGUGACGAAGGAUUUAUUUUGAAUGGUUCAACAGUCAGGCGAUGCCAGGCUAAUGGGUCCUGGAGUGGAGUUCAAACAUCUUGCAGAGCUGUCGAUUGCGGUCCUCUCUCGGCUCCUAAGAACGGAUCUUUCGUUGGUGACUCCACAGUCUUCCCUAAUAGUCUGCUGUUUGCUUGCAAUCUCGGAUUCAUUCUUGAUGGAUCCUAUAGGAGGACAUGUCAGGCAAACGGGACGUGGGAUGGGCUUGAAACUGUUUGUAUUGCAAAAGAUUGUGGCGCCUUGGAAAUCCCAGCAAAUGGUUCAUUACAUGGUGACCUUACUUCUUUCCCGAACAAGGUCGACUUUAGUUGUGACCAAGGAUUUCUUAUCAGAGGUUCGCAAACCAGGCGAUGUCAGGGAAAUGGAACUUGGAGCGGAAUUCAGACAUAUUGUGAAGCUGUAGAUUGUGGCCCCUUGUAUGUUCCGAUGAACGGCUCAGCUUCUGGUAACUCCACGGUGUUCCCAAAUAGUGUGCAGUUUAGCUGUGACCCUGGAUUUAUUCUCAAUGGCUCUGCUGUGAGAACGUGUCAACCUCAUGGAACUUGGAAUGGGACUGGAACUGUAUGUGUGGCUGUUGAUUGUGGACCUUUACCUGUUCCUACGAAUGGUUCCUCUUCUGGAGACUCCACAGUCUUUCCUAAUGCUAUACAAUUUAGUUGUGAUCCAGGGUUCAUUUUGAGUGGAUCUGCCUCAAGGAUGUGCCAGACUAACGGAACAUGGAGUGGUUUCUCCACUGAAUGUAGCGCUAUCGACUGUGGUUGGCCUGAGCCAUUACAGAAUGGCAGUAUCAUUGGAAAGUUUACUGUGUACCCGAACUCUGUGCGCCACAUUUGUGAUAAGGGAUUUGUUCUUCGUGGUUCUCCUGAGAUAAAAUGCCAGGCAAAUGGAACAUGGAGCAAAACGUCUAGUUUUUGUGAAGCUAAGGACUGCGGUGCUCUUGAGGUCCCUUUGAACGGUUCUAUUACUGGACGUGAAACGACCUUUCCGAAUGAAGCCAUGCUGAGCUGUGAUGUUGGGUUUAUUUUACACGGAUCGUCAUUCAGGCGCUGUCAAGCAAACGGAACAUGGAGUGGUACUAAAACUGUUUGCAAAGCUGUUGACUGCGGCUCAUUAUCCGCUCCAAGGAAUGGCAGUUCACUUGGAAACUUUACGGUGUUUCCUAAUGAAUUAUUGUUCUACUGUGAUCCUGGAUUUUUGCUUGGUGGUUCCUCCACAAGAACAUGCCAGGCUAAUGGUACAUGGAGUGGAAUAGAGACCAUUUGUACUCCCGUGGAUUGCGGUCCGCUACGACCUUUGCAAUACGGGAGUUACAACGGGACAAGUACAGUGUUCCCAAACGUUGUGAAUGCAGUUUGUGAUAUGGGAUUCAUUCUUCGAGGAUCUUCUCGUAUUAAGUGUCAAGUAAACGGAACGUGGAGUUCGAAUGACACUUUUUGUGACGCAAAGGACUGUGGAAAUCUACCAAGGCCUCUCAACGGGUCCGUGAUCGGUGACAAGACGACGUAUCCAAGCGAAGUGGAAUUUGAGUGUGAUGCAGGAUUUAACCUUCAAGGAUCCACCAUCAGGAGAUGUGAGGCCGAUGGUCAAUGGAGUGGAGUGGAGGUUAAAUGCCGAGCGGUUGAUUGUGGUCGUUUAGCUAUUCCUGAACAUGGCUUUGCCCAUGGCAAUUCCACAACAUAUCCCAAUACGAUCACCUUUAGUUGUAACACAGGAUUUUCCUUACACGGAACAUCUUCCCGAACAUGCCAAGCGGACGGGACAUGGACGAGUGGAAAAACACGUUGCCAAGGAGAAGAUUGUGGAAAGCUACUGCCUCCUGAAAAUGGUUGGAUGUUUGGUUCCGACACAUCUCAUCCCAGUAAGGUGUUGUUCAGUUGUGCAUCUGGGUACAGUACGGUUGGGUCGUCUCAAAGAACUUGCUUGAGGAAUGGUUCAUGGAGCGGCCAACAACCGAGAUGCCUCCCGCGCUGGUGUAGCCAGGCUCCGGAUGUCCCUGCGUUUGCAUACCAGACGUGGACAGCAAAGAACAAGCGCUAUGAGGACGGAGAACGUAUCUACUACAGCUGUAAAGCAGGCCUUAUGAUGGUCGGCAUUCCGAUGAGAAAAUGUGUGAAGGGUCGCUGGACAAAAGCUAAUUUCCGCUGCAGCGCGCCAAGUUGUGAUGCUCCUCCAGUCCCAAAAUUUGCCUACCUUACAUGGGCACGUGGUGCACGGAGCAAAUACCUCAACGGUGAAACUGCAUACUACAGUUGUCAGGCUGGUUAUGAGCUGAUAGGAAUUCCUUAUAUUGAGUGUAAAGACAGCGGCUGGACAAAAAUCGACUUUAGUUGUAAAGCUGUUGAUUGCGGCUUCUUAGAGAGCCCACCCAAUGGUGGCAUUGCAAAGAAGACAGGAAAAAUGUUCGGAGCAAUAUACGUGUUCGAGUGUGAUGAAGACAAAGGCUACCUCAUGGAUGGGUCUAAAGAGAGACGAUGCCAGGCUGACGCCACAUGGAGCGGAGUACAACCACUCUGCAAGUUGCAGAGUUGCGUUACUCCAAGCAAGCCAAUGCACGGGAAGUUUAAAUCAGAGCCUCGAAGCAAGUACUACUUUGAAAAUAUCGUUGGUUACCAGUGCGAUAGUGGAUACUCUCUUCGUGGUCAUGAAAGGACAAAAUGCUUGAUUCAUGGUAACUGGAGUCAUGCAGCACCCACGUGUACGGGAUGUUCCAAACCUCUUGGUUUAAAGAGCAGAAUGAUCUUCAGCCGCCAGUUGUCAGCGUCAUCAGAGCGAGAUUCGCGACACUCCGCCCGACAUGGCCGUCUAGAUGGUAACAGCGCUUGGUGUUCUGCGAGAAGCAGCUUCGCAAAAUAUUUUCAGAUCGAUUUCGGCCGCACCGUUGAGGUGACUUCUGUUGCUACUCAAGGACACCCGAGAGAAGAAAAAUGGAUCCAGAGAUAUAUAUUGAGAUAUUCACUGGGGAAGAAUUGGUUCACUUACCAAGCAUCAGGCCGUGAUAAAGUAUUCAAAGGAAACAGGGAUGGCAGGAGUGCUGUGAGACACUAUUUAAAGGAACGGCUGGUGGCUAAGAAAUUAAGAAUAGUACGCCAUGAAAACUCACGAGACUUCAUGGGAUCCACUGUAUGCUUGAGGGCUGAGGUGUAUGGAUGUUCAUUCGACACAGAAUGUCUCACCUUCGGUUCUGAAGUAUUUGCUCACUGGAAUUCCAUCAAGAAACAUACGCGCUAUAUUCAUGGCUACGUCACAAAGGUUCACCGAACAAGCGUCCAUAUAUCUCCCUCGGGUAAACAUGGUGGAAACGCCGACAGCAUCUUUGAAUUACCACGAGAGAAGGAAUUUUACGUGAUCAAAGAUGAAAAAUCCAGUCCACAAGAGAUAAAAAUUGGAUCGGAUGUCAUCGUAGCUUCCAAGGAUAAAGUCGGUUUUUCCCAAGGCAAAGUGACGCAGAAAUAUUACUCUUGGUAUGGAGUCGAACUCGGCAACGGAAAGACGGUUUGGGGGAAAGUGGACGAAAUCAGGCUACUGAAAAGGCCAAUUUAUUGUGAAAAAGAAUAUAUAACGGCAUGAAAUGUUAUAGAUUUUUUCGAGAUAUCUUUGAAUGACAGUGAGAAGCAACACUUUACAUCUUUAAUUGUAUGAUUAGGAAAGUGGGUACCCUUCUGUUUUUAGCCUUCGUAGAACGUUUAAGCGACCGAUUAUCUAAGAGUUCCAUAACUUACUUUAGAGAGUCAACUCUCAAUCUAACUUUUUUUGAAAUUUUCUUUAUAUUAAUGUGAGCAAGCUAGUGUCCAUAAGUGAACAUGGUUAGCCUAAUUAGGUACCAUCAAAAGACAAGUGAUCAAAAGCUUUGAACUUGCAGAUUGUCAAAAGUGUUGAACAGUUUCUGUUUCUCAUAUCUUUCAUGCUUCAUACGCGUUGAAAGAGACUGAUGAAAAAAAUGAUAAAUUCAUUGACUGCUAGCUAAUAUUUGUUUCCAAUGUUUUUUAUUUUAUCGACAAAAAAGGAAAUAAAUUGUUAAUGUAAGAAAAAUUGUGGAGGCUUGGGAUCAAGUUAUGAUAGGGGUCUGAAUCUCUGACGUCAUAUCGGGUUUGCGUAAAAGCUUAUGAUAGCGCUUCCAUUUUCGUUUCACCUCGUGCGGAAGUGUGCCAUUUCUACUCGUUCAUUCACUGCUUUACAUCGCUGUAAAUAAGCUGUUUCUUUCAGUAUAUUCAGCUGGGAGCCGGAUGUUAAUCGAUCAAGCAAGCAACCGGCUGAUUGACUAAGAGCUUGGUAUCUGAAUUUUAUCACCAAGAUAUCAAUCUGAGUGGUACGCGCCAAUUUUACCAUGGAAUGGUCUUGGGAAACCUUCUUGUUGCCUUUACGUAAUGGUGAUCUGACGUGUCAUCCUUCUCCCAGAAGUGUGACAUUUACACCCCAGUUCUUAUCGUCUCAUUCGCUCGUACGGAGAUUCUCGAGAGAUCUGCAAAGACAAGAUUUGCAGAAGACGGAAGAGAAAAGGAUUGCCGUUGCUUCUGCCGAAGCUACCCUUAGGAGUUUGUUUCAGUUUGGUCGAGUAGAUCUUAAAGAACUGGGAAGA